CCGGUUCCCGAAGCGGCAAAAGCCCUGGCGCCAGAGCUAGGCCGAGCAGUACAGCGCUGCGAAGCUGAGGCCCCCUCCGACUCGCCGGGGACGAGCCGCCCUCCGCCGCCGCAGCCAUCCCUCUGAUCGCUUGCCUGCCUUCGCCGUGGUCUCCUUCUCCAUCGCCGUUUCCCCGCCGCAACACCGUCGAUAACAGCUAAGUGGUCAAUUCGGGACUUCGGGUUGGGAGUCCGGGCGGGAGCCAGGCGCGGGCAGUACACGCCAGCGCGCCAUCUCCUGCGGCAACCGCCACUGCUGCAGACACCCCUCCUGGGCGGGAGAGACACUCUCAAGAGGCCCACGCCGUCCCAGCACCUGAGAUCAGUCUUACGGCAUUUCUACCGAGCGUUGGUGAGAUCCUUGUGCUUGGUGGAGGGAGGACUGACCGGGACUGAGAGAUCACACGAAAACAGAUCUCAUAUUGCACAGGGCUGAUUUUUUGUCUCGGUUGAAUCGGGCAAGUGGCAGCUUUGCCAGAUCGUCCAGAAAACCCGAGCCAUGUCGCCCCCAACUGUGCCUCCGAUGGGUGUAGAUGGUGUGUCCGCAUACCUGAUGAAGAAAAGGCACACCCACAGGAAGCAGCGGCGAAAGCCCACUUUCCUUACCCGCAGGAACAUCGUGGGCUGCCGCAUUCAACACGGCUGGAAGGAAGGCAACGAGCCGGUGGAGCAAUGGAAGGGCACCGUGCUCGAGCAGGUUUCUGUGAAGCCCACUCUCUACAUCAUCAAAUAUGAUGGCAAGGAUAGUGUGUAUGGGCUGGAACUGCACCGAGAUAAGAGAGUUUUAGCGCUAGAGAUCCUUCCUGAGAGAGUGCCAACUCCUCGCAUUGAUUCCCGCCUCGCAGAUUCCCUGAUUGGCAAGGCAGUGGGGCAUGUGUUUGAGGGUGAGCACGGUCGAAAAGAUGAAUGGAAGGGCAUGGUCCUGGCGCGAGCCCCGGUGAUGGACACUUGGUUUUACAUCACCUACGAGAAAGAUCCAGUCCUUUACAUGUACACGCUCCUGGAUGACUACAAAGAUGGUGACCUGCGCAUCAUUCCAGAUUCCAACUACUAUUUCCCUACAGCAGAACGGGAGCCUGGAGAAGUGGUCGACAGCCUCGUGGGCAAGCAGGUGGAACACGCCAAAGAUGAUGGGUCCAAGAGAACCGGCAUUUUCAUCCAUCAAGUGGUGGCCAAGCCGUCUGUCUACUUCAUUAAGUUUGAUGAUGAUAUUCACAUUUAUGUCUAUGGUUUGGUGAAAACUCCCUAAAUUCAUUCCGUGUUCUUUGCAAAAUUUGUGGAACUAUUAAAUGUAAAGUAUGUUGUGUUUUUGUAAUCGUGAACUUUUGAGAACAGUUUCGGUGUCAGAGAUUCAGGAAUUUAAUAUCCCUUAUUACUUAUUGUGCCUCCAGAUCUUACAUUGACUAGUUCCACAGUUUUGCCCAAGUGUACUUUGGUACCUAUGAUAUUGCCUUGUUACGUAAUUGAAAAAUAUAAAUUGGGUACUAAUAGAAAAUUGAAAAGUGUUCAAUACCUUUGGAACAAUGAAAGACUAGAUAAACAAAAAUGAACGGUAUAACCCCACACCAUAUCCUUCCCCCAUUUCCCUUACCUUCCCUCUUCUUCACGAAUAACAAGUGUUAAGAACAUGAUGCAUAUCCUACAAAUUUCCCAACCUCUUACAAAGUUUGUUGCAGUUUCUGUAAAAAUUACAAGCCACAUCAUUUCUCUAUAAUUGCUUUUCUUACUUUACAUAUACAUGAAAUCCCUUCUAAUCAAUAAAUAGUUCUAGAUAUCUCCUUCUCCCUUUUCUCACCUUUCCCUCUCCUCCUCUCCCUCUGGAAUUUAUUUUUAUAUAUAGUAUCAAGAUACAGGUUCAGUUAUACAUUUUGUUCACAUUAGAUAUCUGAUCACGUCAUCGCAUUUAUUUAAAUACAGCACCCAUUUCCCUCUCACUCUGGAAUUUAUUUUUGUAUAUGUAAUAAGACAGAUCUAACUAUACAUUUUGUUCACAUUGGAUACCUGAUUGUGCCACCCAUUUAUUGAAUGAAUCACCCAUUUUCUCUCCUCCCUCCAUCUUUUCCUCCCUCCAACAGCUGCAUACACAGUACAUAUUUAUGUACCAAAAUGGUAUUGAACCAUUCUGUUAUUAAUGGUCAUUUGUUAUUUCCUUUCAGUGUUUCCCCAUAACACUACUUGAUACAUAUGGUGCUUUUUAUUUCUAUAGGUUAGAUUCCUAGAAACGGGAUUGCUGUGUAGGCUUAUUUUAAUUUUGAAAGCUGUUACAAAAUUGCCAUCCCAAAUGAAAGUUCUCAUUUUCCAGCAUUCUCUCCAGCACGCUUUAAUGUUUGCAAAUCUGAAAGGGGAAAAAUUUGUUGUAUUGUUUCUGUAAUUGCCAAACUCAGUGAGGUUUUUUUGUUUGUUUGUUUUUAGGGGGGUUGUUUGUUUUGCUUUUUGGGCUUUUCUCUUUUAUGAUUUGCCAGUAUUUCUUCUCCUAUGUUCUCAUAUCUAUUGAAUCGUUGAUUUUUUUUCCUUUAUAAAUAUAUAAGAAUUCUCAUUGUAUUUGCUAUAUAAUGAAUAUUAAUCAUUUGUAACCCAUAUGUGUUAUGAUUUUUUCCAGCCUAUCAUAAAUCUUGACUUUACUAAUGUAUCUUUUAAUUUUUUUUUAAUUUUUAGAUAGACUACUUUCUUCUUUUUGGCUUUUUAGUUUUCUGUCUUUUUCAGAUGAAUACCCCAACCCCAAGUAAUUUUUUUUUCUAAAAAGUUGAGGUUUUGCUGUUUUAUCCAACUGGAAUUUCUUUUUUAUAUUAUAUUAAAUAGAUCUCCAACUAUACACUUUGUUUAUAUUGUAUACCUGAUGCUAUCACAUUUAUUAUAUCAACCAUCCAUUUUAAAGUUUCUGAGCCAGUUCACAUUAUUUUAACUAUAGUGGCUUAACCUUAAAUUUUGGACUCUGGUAAAGCAAAUUACCUUUCAUUAGAUUUUUUUUCUUCUUUUUUUUAUAUAACUUGUCCUAGAUAUUCAUUCUUUCAUAUGAAGAUUAAAGGCUUUUUUCACAUUAAAAAAAUUGAAUUACAUUUUCAUAUGUAUUUAGAAGAUUAUGUUAGUAAUAUUAAUACUUAACUUUCAAGACUUUGAGUACAUCAU